CAACGAAAAAAAGGACUUGCUCAAGAGCCGAGUAUAUAUUAGGCACACUCCCCUUCUAGAUUAUAGAUAUCAAACCAGUCGCAUAGAACACGUCUCCAACUAGAAAAGUCUCCCGAAAGCCUGUCUUAUCCAUUCUAAAACCCGCAACAUGCCUCACUCCACCAACAGCCCCAUCACUGUCCACAAGAUUGAACCGCCCAAGGGUUCUUCGAUUGACUUUGGUGCUGAAAUCAGGGGAGCCGAUCUCGAAAACAUCACUGAUGCCGAUUUCGAGGCUAUCCGGAACGCCCUCUACGAAAACAGCGUCAUCAUCUUCAAGAACCAGCAAGAUCUGUCACCGCGCGCCCAAUACGAGCUCACGCGGCGCUUCGAUCCAGCUUCCACUGGGUAUGGCCAUGGCAAGACCCUCGACGCGAAGCGCUCCGUCCUCCACCCGGACUUGAAGACCAUCCCCCACCAGCCCGAAGUCCAAGUCAUCGGCAACGGCCCCGUCGCGUCCUUUGAAGGCCUUGAGAACAUCACCCUGAAGCACCCGCACCACAACAAGUUCCACAAGGACCCCAUCUCCGCCGAAGACGACCGCGACAACACCCGCUUCUUCCGCUGGCAUAUCGAUGCCGCGCUUUACGACCUCGAACCGCCCCGUGUCACCACCCUUAUGGCUGUCAAGGUGCCAAAGAGCGAGCAUCAGACUCUGCGCUAUGAUGAUGGCACUGGCAAUGAGCUCGAAGUCCCCCGCGGCAGCACCGCCUUCGUCAGCUCGUACAAGAUGUACGACAUUCUCUCCGAAGAAGACAAGAAGUUCGCCCGGACGACCAAGGUCCAGUACGCGCCGCACCCUUACAUCUGGAUGUCGCCCGCGAAGUCACGCUCCGACGGGCUCGGUAUGGUCAGCGACGGCGCCGAGCUACCGUACUCCGAGCUGCCUCCUAUUGAAGAGUCGAAAGUCAAGAUCCUGCCUAUGUGCUGGAAGAACCCCGUGACCGGCCAGCUCGCACUGCAAGUCCACCCCAGUGCGGUCGAGAAGCUGCACCUGGCCGACGGCACCGUGAUUGAUGACCUCAAGGAGGUUCGCGAGAUCGUGCACCGGCUGCAGCGGCCUGGUAUCGCACCGGAGCUGGUAUACCCCGUUGACUGGGAAGAGGGCACGAUGGCUGUGUUCAACAACCACGGUGUGCUUCACACUGUAACAGGCAGCUUUACGCCUGAGGAGGUGCGGAUUUUCAGGCAGUGCAAUAUGGCUGCCACCGAGGCGCCAUUGGGGCCGGACGCGUAAAGGAAGAGCUUUAAUCGAGCCUCCAAGCUGUUCAGCAAUUUCAAAGCACGGUGUUUUGGCGCAAGUCUGGUCUGAAAUUAAUACAUAGACUAUGCAGCUCUCCUAGCGCAUAGAAUGUACAUGUCAUGUUUCC